AGAGUGGAUGCUGCUGAUGAUGAUGAUCAGGACUAUAGGGAUGAAGAGCAUGGUAACUCCGCGUGGCAGGCAGCACUUGCUCCGGUGGUGGGAGUGUCCGCGAGGAGGGGAGAGCUGCUCCGCGCGCUGCUCGCGCUCAGGCUGAGGUGUAGAUGGUUUUCUUAUUCGGAACUUAUCGGGUCGCCAGAGAGAGAGAGCGAGCAGCAACGUCGACGAGCAAAGAAACGCCUGCACUUUUUUUUCUUCCCCCCCCCCCUUCAAAUUCGCGUUUAUUAUUUACAUUUUUGUCGAUCCGCUUCGUCUCGUCUCUCUUCCAUCAUGCCAGCGCGCGCGGCCGCCCUGGUGCUCCUGUGCGCCGCGCUGCUGGCGGUGGCUCGCGGCCGCAGGAGUUCGCCGGAGCAGGGGGACGUGCAGGAGCGGAUCCACGGCGCCAGAUGCGCGUCCAGGUGCCUCAGUCUGCACGUGACGCAGCUCACCGUCGCCUUCAGACACGUGCAGAGUGACCAAGUACUGGUUUGGUGUGAAAACCACAGACGCUGUUCUCAGUGCCUCCAGCCGUGCAGAGAAAUGUGGGAAACCAGGAAGGUGCUGUCUCCAAAGUCCUGUGAGAAGCAGACGGAGUGUGUGACGAGCAGGGAGUUCCUGGUGUCCCUGAGGUCGUCUCGUCAGGGCGACUGUCCUCCGCCUCAGCGAGCGACCGGAUUCGCAGCAGCCUGUGUGGAGAGCUGCGCGUCAGACCAGCAUUGUCCCACCCCCCGAAAGUGCUGCUCCAAUGGCUGCGGACACACUUGCCAAGCCCCCGCCAAUCUAUACAAAGGUGUUCCCCUGAAGCCUCGCAGAGAGAUGAGCUUCGUCGAGGAUUCGGAGGGUGGCUUGAAGGUGGUGUGGGUGUCAAAGUUCAAUGUCAGCGUGGAGCCGGUCAUAUACAUGCUUCAGUCCCGCUGGAAUGUAGGCAUCCAUCCCAGUGAAGACCAUGCCACGCUGUGGACUACCGCUGCCAUGACGCUCUCCGAAGAUGUGGUUCUGUCGGAUCUGAGACCUCAGCGCUGGUACCAGUUCAGAGUAGCAGCCAUCAACAGCCACGGCAGCAGGGGCUUCACAACACCAAGCAAACACUACAUCUCCAGCAAAGACCCCUCACCCCCGGAACCUCCAGUAAACAUCCGAGUGAGCAACCAGACUUUAGAUUGGACGAGUUCACAACCAGAGUCCCACUUCGCAGAAAGGACGAGGGGACCCGGGGCCAUGGUGGCGGUCUUGUUGCGCUGGGAGCCCCCCAGAGAGGGAGACCUGCCAGUCCACAACUACAGAGUCACCUGGACGUCUCGACACACACAGACGGCGCACAAACACUCACACGCGCUACACGGACGCACGCAUACAGUCUACAACAACAAGCACACACGGCCAACACACCGGCACGCACCAGAGCAGGGGAAAAAGGAAAGCAACAGCAGAGUGACUCAGGGGGCGCAGUGUGAGUUGUGGCUGCAGGGUCUGCUGCCUGCCACUUCCUACUUCUUGUCGGUCCAGACGGUGGCCUUCUGGGGUCAGAAGAGGCUGAAGAGUCCCAGAGCUCAAACUGAUUUCACGACAAUAAGUCUUGCAGGUGAAGACUUCUCCAAUGAGCUCCCGUCUUCGUCCCUUCCCUCAUCUCCUUCCCUGUCGUCCUCCUCCCCUUCAUCCUCUGACCUCCCCGUGUCCUCCUCGCAUCCUCACCCCGAAUCCCCCCGAAACCCCGUCACCCCUGACAACCUGCGCCUGGAGGUCGCCGCCCCUCAUUACCAUGACAACCAGCUGCAGGUCAAGGUGUUCUGGAAGUGGCCUCACCAGAGCAGGCAGAGACACCCUGGUCCGUACAUUUUGCUGUGGCAUCCACAUACCUGCAGCACUAAUGUUACAAGCACUGAGAGAACAACAACUGUGCAGGGCACUCAUCACACCAUCACAGGUCUGUUGUUUGCCUGCAAGUACCGGGUCGCCGUGGCAAUGAAGGGUGACCCAGGGUCAGAGGCUGUUGCCUGGGUUACGACCCCGACUUGCUCCUCCAUCAGGGUCAGAGGAGGCAAAGUUUUGCCCUGCAACACUGAGGAGCGCCUCCUGGCAGGCAGAAAGGUGGUACUGCGUCCAGAACGGCUGACAGCAGAUUUUCAACAUGUCAACGGCACCUUGCUCACUACAUUUCGCUGGAGGAUGUCCCAGCAUGCACUGGAUCCAGCGGCUGUCGAGGGGUUCCAGUUCACCUGGACAAUUCAAUCAGGGGUUACCACAGCAACAGAGGGACAGGAAGACACAUUCAUCUCCCAGACGCAGACGAUUGCACCGUCUCAGCGGUCAGUGACAGUUCACGGUCUUCAGGCAGACAGUGUCUAUCAGCUGCAUCUCCAGUUGCUAACAGCAGGGGGCAGCAAUGGCGCCGCAGUCUCCAAGACCAUUCAUACUCCAGCUAUCAACGCCACACUUCGAUAGGCCUCAAACCCCACCAGCUGCCACCGACUGCUACACCACAGACAUCUUGACCAACAUCCACUUCCCUACUGUUUUCCACAGUUUCACAUGGUUUGAUUGCAGUUCAAGUGCAGACAACUUGAACAAAGCCAUGAAAUAAAUAAAAAAAAAUCCUCUGUGUAAAGUAGAUUUUUGUAUGAAAAGUAUUUCCGACUUUAAUUCUCUCAUUCACUCUCUUUCAAACAUCAGGAAAGCUGUAAUCUUGCUCAUACUGUAAACCGUAUUUUCCUCCUUUUUUCUAUAUUAAAACUGCAGCAUAUACCAAACGACUCCUCUUGGCAUUAGUCCCAGGGUGCCACAGCGUUGUAUGUGAAAUGUGAGACUUCUCUCACGGCUGCAUCUGUACAUGUUUGGUGUUCGGGUGGGCAGUCAAAUCACCUGACAUCACCGGAGCCAAAUGUCACUUGUAAAGAGACUUAUUAUGCCUGUUGAUUUUGAUCAUGGUAGUAGAGGAUUAUAUAGCACUGACCUUAUGUACAAAUAGUAAUUGUAUAGCAACAGAUUUGUGUUUAUUUCAAUGCAUUAUCGGCUGCGUUGUCUUUGAAGCUAGUGGGUCUGACUUGGCGUGCAGUAGCCUGAAGUAAGCUCAAAUAUUUUUGAUAUUUUGUUCAUAUGUUUUAAAAAACUACGCCCAUUUCACUAAACAAUAUGUGACAUUUUCUCGCAGUUAUAUUUUGUUGUACCUGCGGUCCAUUUCUUUGUUUGACAAAAGUCAUGUCAUCGAUUUGAGAAGACAGGGAACCACUGGUGUCAAGCAACCAGUAAUUAUGUUAAUAUUCUCUCUGUGUAACCUUUUACUGUUGAUAAUUUUGUACUAAAUUCCUCUACUUUUUGUCUGUUAGUUUUAUUUAUUGUUUUCCAGUCUUAGAUUUUUAUAAUUAAAGAUUAUCAGGAUACA